UUCGGUUAGCUUUACAUAUUUACCAGAGCAAGGUUAGCAACUAGCUACCGGUUCAACUGACAGCUUGAGUGAAUUAACAGAAACUGGAAUAUCGGCUCGGACUUUAACGACCUGUGACUCUGUAGUGUUGUCUUGUGUUGAGCCGUCCCACAUUCUGGGGGUGGGGGCGUUGUGGUGGAGCCACGUGUACAGGAACUGAAGUCUGACAGCUCGCAGGUCUGUUUGACUCUCCCAGCUAACACUUAGCGUCUGCUAGCUGCUGCUCGCAUCUCUCAUUUCACAGCUGUUUCCUCUGUUGUGAUCGAGCUCGACAGGCAGUCAUGGCUGUUUGGAGAAGACUUUGGUGCAGAAACCUCUUGGCUGUUUCUCUGCUUUUUUACAUCCUGCUCCACACCUUGGAUGUUCAUGCACGACCAGCCAACAUGUCAGCCUCUAAAGACAAGAGUCCAGCCAGCAAGGACGAUAACGAGAUUCUUCCCCAAGACCACAUGAAUGGGGUGAAGAUGGAGAUGGACGGCCACCUCAACAAGGACUUCCACCAGGAGGUUUUCCUGGGUAAAGACAUGGAGGAGUUCGAAGAGGACUCGGAGCCAAGGAGGAACAGGAAGAAGCUUAUUGAAAUCUUCACCAAAGUUGACUUCAACAAGGACAGGAGUGUGAGCGCCAAGGAGAUGCAGCGCUGGAUUAUGGAGAAGACGGAGGAGCACUUUCAGGAGGCCAUGGUGGAAAACAAGAACAGUUUCCGAUCUGUUGAUCCAGAUGGUGACGGACACGUGACAUGGGAUGAAUACAGAAUCAAAUUUCUUGCCAGCAAAGGUUUCAACGAGAAAGAAGUUGCUGAGAAAAUAAAGAAUAAUGAAGAUCUGAAGCUGGACGAGGAAACUCAGGAGGUUCUGGAAAGUCUGAAGGACCGCUGGUUUCAGGCUGACAACCCUCCAGCUGACCAGCUGCUGAAUGAGCAGGAGUUCCUGUCUUUCCUCCACCCUGAGCACAGCCGAGGCAUGCUCAAAUACAUGGUCAAGGAGAUUGUGCGCGACCUAGACCAGGAUGGUGAUAAGAAGCUGACACUGUCAGAGUUCAUCUCUCUACCUGUGGGCACCGUGGAGAACCAGCAGGCUCAGGACAUCGAUGACGACUGGGUCCGAGAGAGGAAGAAGGAGUUUGAGGACGUGAUUGAUUCAGAUCGUGAUGGCAUCGUAACCAUGGAGGAAUUGGAGGAGUACAUGGACCCGAUGAACGAGCACAAUGCUUUGAACGAAGCCAAGCAGAUGAUCGCCGUCGCAGACGAGAACCAGAAUCAUAAUUUGGAACUGGACGAGAUUCUCAAGUACAGUGAAUACUUCACAGGCAGCAAGCUCAUGGAUUACGCCAGAAAUGUUCACGAGGAGUUCUGAAGAAAAAAAAAAAUCAUCCUUUCUCUCUCUCUCUCUCUGUCUGAGACAUCCUACAUCUGCUUCAGGGACAAGCCUGUCUUACUGACGAGAGAGGGCGACUUAAAGAUAUGAUAGGAUGUUUUAGUGUGCAAUUCUGUGUUUAAAAGUCUAGUCUCAGCGGCCUCUUUCACUGCUGACUCCACUUAAUACACCCCUCCUUCAGCCCUGGAUUGUCCACUAUCAAAGACUGUUUUUAAUGGAUAUCGAGUGUUGGGCUUUUCCGUGAAUUUGAGACAAUGCAUCGACUCCAAAUUGAUUUGUGUUCUAUUGUGAAAUGUGUGUAUAUGAGGAAUUUUAACCCUGACUGGAUUUUCUGUUUCUGGUGCAGUGGUGAGGGAGACGGCGCAGCUAGGAGAGAUAUUUGGUCUGAGCUGGUGUGUCUGUACACAGUGUAAAUAUUCAUCGUUACAUACCAACAUCUCUAUCAGAGAGAAAAGCCGAAAAAAUAAAUAUAAUGCUGCUGAAAGGAACAACAGAUAUAUCAAUAUUAUCAUGAGUCUGGUAACACCUUCCCAAAAAAAUCUAAAGGUGAUUUUUAUCAUUAGUGGUGUACAAGUCCACUAGUUUCCAUGAUGAUAUUAUCCGUCCUACUACUUAUAAACAGGGUAUUUAUGGUCUGUGUUUAAAAAAAGAAACAACUUUUAAAAAUUGCUACAGUAACAUUAUCUUCACAGACUUUCAUUAACAAGCUUUUGAGAGUUCUAAUCACUGAAAAUGUAGGAAAAACAGAUUAAAAUAUGACAACAAAGUGCCUUUUUCACAGCAGAUGUUUUGACUCAUUGAAGGAAAAGAACAGGUGUCACUGAUAACGUUAACGACAGCCUGAUUAACAUAAUUAGUUUAACCUGCGUCUGACAGGUCAAAAUGUCCCCUGUGAUAAAGGCCUAUUGUUUUGUUCUUCACUACGAUUUAAUCGUCACGCUCGUGUGAAAAUGUGGAUAAAGAUUUAUUUAUUUGAUCAGUAUGAUUUGGAUCGGCUGCAUCUUUGAACUUCACACAGGUGUGUACGUAUGAAUGCUUUAUGGCAGCACAGGCUGGUUUCAUGGUGUCCUUUUCUUUCUCAAAGGAUCGAUAGUUUACUCUUCAUCAUAUUUACUCGUUAAUGUUUGAAUGCUCUUGGUUAAUCCAUACAGUUUCACCUGUACGUGGUUUUUAAAUGCAUGGACAAACAAUGAAAUUAAACACAUCAGUUUAGUUGAGAUUUACCCUGUGGAGUGUUUGGAUUUACAGUCUUCUGUCCCUGGUACUAUUUGGAUUGUAAAAUAAGAUUUAUGAUGACAGAAUGUGAAACAGCUUUAUAAAAGUGUAUUGCAAAUAUACUGGUAAACAAUAAAUAUUUCUUAUCAAUUAAAAACCACUUGGAUUUC